AUGGUAACAUUUCCAGAUGCAAAUGAGUCAGAUGACGAGGCUUUGGCUAAACGGCGAGAGGCACUCCGCGCACGAGCACAAGAGUCACUCACAGCACAACAGCCCGUGGCACAGUUUGCCUCAGACGAAUCCGAUGCAUCGUCAGGCGAAGAGAGCUCAAGCGGUGAAAGCGGAAGUGAAGAGGAGAGUGACGACGGCCACAACAUCAGGUUACGACCUGUGUUUGUGAGCAAAAAGAACAGAGUAACGUUGGCAGAGAGAGAGAAAUUGGAGGCCGAUGCCGUAGAGGCAGAGGAAAACAGAGUCAAGAAGUUAGAGAAUCAGAAGAAAGAGACGCAACGGAUUGUGGGGGAGAUCGUAAAGGCGGAUGUAUUCGGCCCAGCCGAAAACAGCGAUUCAGAUCAAGAAGACGUCAUCAGUGACGGAGAUGGCGAUGAAGAGGAAGAGUACGAGAAAUGGAAGGUUAGGGAAUUACAGAGGAUACAGAGAGACCGCGAUGAAGAAGAGGCGCGUGUGAAGGAACUGUUAGAGAUGCAACGCCGCAGUGAAAUGACUGAAGAACAACUGGCCGUCGAGCGCAAGCAGCGACUCAUGGACGAUGCAGAGUCCGUCCCGACAGAGAAAGCCAACUACAGAUACCUGCAGAAGUACUACCACAAGGGCGCCUUCUACACGGACGAGGCAAAGGGCAUGCUCAAGAAGCACGACUACACUGCAGCCACGGGCGAAGACGUGGUCGACAAAACAAUCUUGCCAAAGGUUAUGCAGGUCAAGAACUUUGGUAGAUCAGGCAGAACAAAAUACACACACCUGCGAGAAGCCGAUACAAGCGCAGCCACGCCAUGGGACGAACAGACCUCCGUCUCAGUCAGAAUACAAAACAAACUUGCAUCCGGAAAGAACGACAUGACACGACCCGGGUUAAGGAAAAAACAAUAAUAAAAGUGUAAAUAGGAAAAACCGUAAUAAAAUGAAAG